CCACAGAUUUUCCUUAGACCCUACAUACUGACAUACCAAUCAUUAACAUGGUUAGACGCAAUGUAGUUUUUCUUUGCGGCAUAGCUUUCUUUUUUGGAAGUCUCGUUGUAAUGUUGAAACAGUUGGACAGACAACAAGGCCAGGAAAUAGUUGCACGAGAUGAUCAGGAAUCAUUAUCGGAAUUGAAUGCUAGAUUCAUUAACUUGGAAAACGAAUUGAAGGAAAACAAAAGAACAAUGGUUAAGCUGCAAAGUGGACUGGAUGAUUUGGUUGAGUUAUCACGAGUAGCCAAUGCAAAAGUACCCAAUCGCAAAGAGCUGGUGGAAAAUAUUUUACAAAAAGAAGAUGGGAAAAAAAAUCCUUCCUUACAUUUUCCUGGUGUUGGAUUCAAUUUCUCGUCAGAGCAGUUUCCUGCUUGUCAAGACUUGAAUUACUUUGGUGCAAAUUGUGAUAUUGAAAUGAACGAUGAGUAUGGUGGUUUUAACUGGAAGGAUGUUAAUGGUGGAGUCUGGAAACAAGGUUUUGACAUUCAAACUAAUGAUGCUGAAUGGGAAGGAAAGAAAUUAAAAAUACAUCUGGUCCCUCACUCUCAUAAUGAUCCUGGAUGGCUGAAAACAUAUGAAGAUUAUUUUCGUAGCGAAACGAGACAUAUUCUGGAUAAUAUUGUUGAUUAUUUGGGCUUGGAUAAAAGAAGACGAUUUAUUUGGGCCGAAAUGUCGUAUCUUUCAAUGUGGUACGAUAUCGCGGAUGAUGGCCGAAAACAAAAAUUAAAAGAAUUGAUAAAGAGCGGACAAUUAGAAAUUGUCACAGGAGGAUGGGUUAUGAAUGACGAAGCUAAUACUCAUUAUUUUGCAAUGAUUGAUCAAAUGAUAGAAGGACAUGAAUGGCUGGCUAGAACAUUUGGAGUCAUUCCUAGGACUGGGUGGGCCAUUGAUCCUUUUGGCCACACCCCAACGAUGGCAUUUUUAUUGAAAAGAAUGGGUCUAACAAAUAUGCUUAUACAAAGAGUUCACUAUAUUGUGAAAAGAAAUUUCGCUGAACAGAAAAAACUUGAAUUUAGGUGGAGACAGCAGUGGGACGGUGGAAGCUCCACUGAUAUUAACUGCCAUAUGAUGCCUUUUUAUAGUUACGAUGUUCCUCACACGUGUGGUCCUGAUCCUAAGAUCUGUUGUCAGUUUGAUUUUGGGCGUCUUCCAGGAAUGCGCAGAACUUGUCCAUGGGGUGUUCAACCAAAGAAAAUUACUAAAGAUAAUGUGGCGGAACGUGCCAAAAUGUUACUUGACCAAUAUCGUAAAAAAUCAAAGUUAUUCGCAACAGAUACAUUACUCGUUAUACUGGGAGAUGAUUUCAGAUAUCAAAAGAUGGAUGAAGUUGAAGGCCAAUUCACUAACUAUGCAACACUCUUUGAUUACAUCAACUCGCAUCCUGAAUUAAACGCAGAAGCCAAAUUUUCAACACUCUCCGAAUAUUUUGAUGCAAUGUUACAUGACGUUGGCGGUUCACAGAAUCUGCCUUCUCUCUCAGGAGAUUUCUUUACAUAUGCUGAUAGACAAGAUCAUUACUGGAGCGGGUAUUAUACAUCAAGACCGUUCUAUAAAACACAGGAAAGAAAUUUGGAAGCUCAUUUACGAGGAGCUGAAAUAUUGUUUUCAUUGGCUCUCCCAGUUGCAAGAGAAUCUGGAAUUGAUCCAUCCUUUUCAAAUAAAUUAUAUCCUUUACUGCAAUAUGCAAGACAAAAUCUUGGAUUAUUCCAACAUCAUGACGGUAUCACGGGAACUUCUAAAGAUCCUGUUGUAAAAGAUUAUGGAAGAAAAUUACAAAACAGCGUCAUGAAGGCAAAAGAAGUAAUGUCACGUUCCGCAGAACUUCUCUUGCUGAGAGAUCCCACUUCAUUUAAAUCUGAAAAGGACCUAACUCUUGAUUACGAUUCGAUUCUUGCAUCUCAUGAUAAGAUUGGAGAUAAAGUUGUCAUUAACAUCGACAAGACUUCAGGAACACCAUCCACCAUCGUUAUUUAUAAUUCUCUUUCCUAUGAUAGGACUGGUCUUGUACGUCUAAUUGUAACGGCACCACAUGUAAAGGUCACUGAUCACAAGAACCAACUAAUUCCCUCACAAACCAACCUCAUUUGGAUUGAACCAACUGCUACCAAAUUAGACCAGUUUGAACUGGUUUUUGUUGCUACGGUUGCAGCUACUGGACUAGCUACUUAUCAAAUCAGCUUUCAAAACAUCCCACAGAAUUCUUUAUCAAAAGUAGAUUUGUUGAACGUACAAGAAGCCAACAAUUUACAUUUUUGCGAUGAUUUUACCGUCACUACAAAACCAUCCGUUACAGAAGAAUUUUCCAUUGAAAAUGAAGAAUUAAUUGCAUCGUUUUCUACUAAAAACGGCUUACUUCGAUCAGUAACAACAAAAAGGGAUAAAAAUAAAAUGAAGGUUGCCAUAGAUUUUGGUGUUUAUGAAGCAAGAGGAGGAAAAGAACGUUCCGGAGCUUAUUUAUUUCUCCCGUCUGGUCCUGCUUCUCCACAUCUUACAGAUUCAGCUCGUCCCAUUGUCAGAAUUGUUGAAGGUCCUUUAUUGAAGGAAGUCCACGUACUUGCACCCAACGUUGAACACAUAGUUUCGCUUCAAAUUACUGACAAACUUGGUGCUGCACCUUUUGGAAUUUUUGUCACAAAUAAAGUAGACAUAAGAAAUGGCAUGGAUAAUAAAGAAUUAUCAAUGAGAAUCACUGCUCCUGACGUAGCCAACGAUGAAAACUCAUUCUUUACUGAUCUCAAUGGAUUCCAGAUGCAGAAACGGAAAACUCGUCUCGAUAAGAUUCCAAUCCAAGCAAAUUUUUAUCCUAUGCCAACAAUGGCGUUUAUUCAAAAUGAAAAAGCAAGACUCACUGUUCUAACUGGUCAGCCUCGUGGUGUCGCCUCCCUUGUUUCAUCACAAUUGGAAAUUAUUCUCGACCGACGAUUGAUGCAAGAUGACAAUCGAGGGAUGGGACAAGCGACAAAAGACAAUCUAGCUACGUCAGACAAUUUUGUUAUUUUAAUUGAACGUUGGAGCAAUACACCAGGCGUACCAGACAGUUCUUCUGACAACCAUUUUCCAUCAAUAAUUGCGCAUCACUCGUUAUUAGAACUUCUUCACCCUAUGUGGUCAAUGCAAUAUCGAAAUAUUGAACAUAAUGAAGUAACGACAACAUAUAAAGACAGUUACUUACCUCUUGCGGGUUCUAAACAAAGUGCAGAUGAGCCUCCUCUGCCGUGUAGUGUUCACAUUGUCAAUCUGAGAAGCAUCGAAUCAAAAGAAGUAGAGGGAACACCGACAGAUGAAUCUGCGUUGAUUGUUCAAAAGUUUGGACAUGAAUGUCAUCUUGAUACUUGCAGAUUAUAUAAAUCAUCUUGCCUUGCUUCCGAUUCAGAAGACUUUCUUAAUCUAGCUACGUUUUAUCCCGCAACAAACAUCGUUAGUACAAGUUUAUCACUGCAAUACACAGAAGACGAAAUACCACCAGAUGGAGACUGGAAGAUUGAACCAAUGGAAAUAAAAACAUUUAAAAUAAGAUUAAAAUAAACGAUACAUCUCUGAAUAAUAAAAAAAAGAUUAUUUAGUAAAAACAAAACGAAAAGAUGGAGCAUCACAUCCACUCUGUUUCCGACACAAUUACCAGUAUAACAAGGGAUGAAUAAGAAAUUAGGAAUACUUAUUUCAGGAGUAAGAACUUCACCUAGCUGGGGAUCUUUUUUUCAAUUUUCCAAAGUGUAUUUAUUAACAUGAUUUCUGUGUUACAGAUCAGACAUUUUUUUUUCUUUACACCAUAUAUAUAUAAGGAGUUGAAAUAUUCUGAAAAUUCAAAUUGUAUUUAUUAGCGCGAUUUCUGUGUUACAGAUUAAAUAUAUUACACUAACCAUUGUGAAGCGCUUUGUAAUGCAUUAAUUUAUCUCAUUUUUAUCAGUAUGGUUGAAAAUUUUUCUAGUACAUAGAGAGAAUGUCUUCACAUAUGCAGUGCAAGUCAAAGUAAAAUUGGAUUUUAUCGUAUGACGUGAUACAGAAUUAUUAUCGUCGUUUUUUUUAAGAUUUUGUGCUAAUUUUUCAAUGUUAAUCCUUAUGCACGGUGGUGCCAAACUUUGCAUUCUAUGCAUGAGUGUCCAAGACCCUGGUUCAAGAAAGUAUGUUUUGCCAAGCAUGAUUUGUAGUACACAUUCAUAUGGGUUAUCAUUGGCCACAGACGUUUUUUGUUUUGUUAAUACCUUUAUUAUAAUGUAAAGGUUAGGUUGAUACUGAUAUAAUGAUCGAAUACUGAUACUGUCUGAAAUAAGCAGUGUAUUUGAGCUCCCUACUAAUAUUUACUAUUUACUGUGCUUAGUAAAUGUAUCUAAAAUUGGUGAUAUUUUUCAUGCUUUUUUUACUAAAAGAUUUAAAAUAAAAUAUUUUAUUGUUUGCUUUUGUGUCAUUUAUUUUUUCUUGGAUUGUGAUUUUGAUGGUGAUGUGCAAUUUAUUUAAAAUGUUCGUUAUGGUUUCAUUACAUUGGUAUUUGUCCUGUAAUUCUAACACUGAUUUUAUUAGCGAAUUGAUCGAGAAAUUAUAACUCUUAUCGGUGUAUGCAACGAAAGGAAUAUUUGAAUGCUUUCGUAUUACUCAGUUUGUUAUGAAUUAAUCCUUUAUUUUAAGCAAAAAAUUGUAUUAUUAAGCAUUUGACUACCUACACCAACAUAUUUAAGUUCGAAAUAUUGCAGAAAAUAGUAAUCAUAAUGUCUAUCAUGACUUCUUCCUGUUAUAAAAUUAAAUAUUCAUGAAUAUAGAAUCAUUUAUGACUGUUGUCUUUCGAAAAGGGCUAACUUUUCCUAUUAGAAAAUAUAUAUGAAAUCGUGAAUUAUUCGGAUGGACAUUCUUGAACGUGGAACACUGGUUAGAAAAACAUAACCUUCUUUACCUCUCCUAUUGUUAAGAUUCAAGUCUAGUUUAUUUUUCAAUUUCUGGAAAAUUACAGUUCUUGAAAAUGACAAUGUUUGCAUCUGUGCAAUUUCUUCCGAAAACAUGGCUUAAUGUAGAAUAUAUCACUAUUGUAUUUUUGAAAUGUUUCUUUUUAUUAUUAUUUAUGUUAUCUGUACAGCCA